GAGGCAGGCGACAUUUCUCGAAGCAAUCGGAUUCUGAGGAUUCUGUGACCGUUUCUAUUGUGAUAAUUCGUGUUUGCUCCUAGUCAUUGGAAUGCUUGUGUGCUGAUUAAAUAAGUUGGUCCUGCUGAGACCAAUUCACCUGUUCUGCUUAGUAUUACGCACUUCAAAGAGUACCUGAAAAUACAUUCAUCAUGAUUGUGGAGAAACCAGAAAUCCUGAAGCAAUGGAUGACAGAGACAAUGGAACCUCUGUGUGAUGCUGAGCCCGGCAAGCUGGCCAAGUAUGUGCUGGCCCUGAUCAAGAAAGACAUGCCGCCUCAGCAGCUGCGCGAGAGCAUGAAGAACAACCUGGACAUCUUCCUGCACGACCAGGCGGCGCCGUUCGUGGACCGGCUGUUCGAGACGCUGGAGACCAAGUCGUACAUGCCGCAGGCGUCACCCGACUCGACCACGCAGGCGGCGGCCGGCGUGUCGGGCACGGCGGCCGCCCCGGUGCCGGCCGACUCGGCCCGCCGGCGCGUCACAGAGCCCGAGGGCACGGGCCGCGGCCGCGGCGACCGGCGACCCUCGUCGCGGCCCCGCGACCGGGACGAGCGUGCCGAGCGGCCCGAGAGGAAACGGUCCUGGGAGGAGCGCCGGCGCCGCUCCCCGCCGCCGCGCGACCGACGAACGCGUCGCUCCCGGUCACCGCCCCGCCUGCGGACCAAGUCUCGCUCGCCGCCGCGGCCCAAGUCCAAGUCGCCGGCCAGGAGCGGCAAGUCGGCGGUGACGGCGCGCUCGUCGCGCAGCCGCAGCCCCCGCUCUCGGUCACGGUCGCGCUCUCGUUCUCUGUCUAGGUCGCGAUCUCCGCGCUACAACCGCAGCAAGUCGCCCAUCAAGUUUGACCGGUCGCCGCCGGCCGGCUCCGAGGCCGAGCGGGUGCCCGAGCCGGGUUCGGCCGUGUCUGAUCUGCGUCAGAAGCUCAAUGCCUCCGGGGCGUCCGGAAAGCAGCGCUGCAGAGACUACGACGAGAAGGGCUACUGUAUGCGCGGCGACCAGUGUCCGUAUGACCACGGCCUGGACCCGGUGAUCCUCAACGACGUGUCGCUGCCGCUGCCGGACGCCCUCAAGUACACCCAGCCGCCUCCGGCCUCCGUAGUGUGCGCGCCGCCAGUGACCGUGCCGCCGCACUUCAACCCGCUGGUGCAGCCGCCGCCGCGACCGGCCGUCGUAGAGCCGUACAACCCGGACGCGCCGUCUCUGACGGUGACCGCUCCGGCCCCGGUCCCGGUGCCCGGCUGGCUCCCCCUGGCCAACUACUCCCGUCCGCCGCCGCCGCAUGUGCGCCCCUACUACCCGGCGGCGCCGGCGCCGGUCACCGCGGCGCGCCAGCUUCUCAGCGUACAGGUGCAGGGCCCGCCGGCGGCGGCGGCGCCGGCCGGCCCGGUGCCGGUCGGGCCGCGGCCCCGGCAUCCGUACACGGCUGCCGAGCGCGGCUGGGCCGGCAGGGACCCGAACGAGCCGCCCCGGAAGCGGGGUCAUUUCGACAUGAGUCGUCUGGGCGGCGCGCCGCGUCCCCGGUUCGACCCGGCCAACUGCAGUCUGGAGCUGAAAAAGGUGCCGGCCGGCCUGAACCAGAUCACCCACCUAAACAACCACUUCGUCAAGUUCGGCAAAAUCACCAACAUCCAGGUGUCGUUCGGCGGUGACCCGGAGGCGGCGCUGGUCACGUUCAGUAACCCGGCCGAGGCCAAGGCUGCUUACAAGUGCACCGAGGCCGUGCUCAACAACCGCUUCAUCAAGGUGUUCUGGCACAACAAGGAGCGGGAGGAGGCGGCCGGAGAGGCGGCCGGCGGGGCGGUGGCGGCGGCUCCGCGCGCGCCGGUCCGGUCUCGUCUGGGAGUGGUGACUGCGGUCAGCUCGCCGGCCGCGGCUACCCCCGCCCGGGUGGUCCAGGUGUCGGCCGGGACCGCCGGCCAGCUGACCCGCACCGUCACCAACCCUGACGUACUGCGGCAGCAGGCCGAGCAGCAGGCCGCCGCCAAACAGCAGAGCAUCGACGCCAUCAAACUGAGCCAGGAGAAACUGGCCGCCACCGUGACGCUGCAGGCCAAACACAUGGAAAAACAAAAGGAGAUGCUCAAGCUGGCGGCCGACUUGAAGAAGCGCAAGACGGAGCUGUUGGAGAAGCAGCUGGCGCAGCAGAAGGCGCUGUUGGCUAAGCUGGAGAACAAGUCGCUGAAGCCCGAGGAGCGCCAGAAGAUUGUCACCACCGUGAAGGCGCUCCAGGUGGCCAUCGACAAGACGCGCGCGGAGGCACUCUCGGCCGUGGAGCGGGAGCUGCCGGCGGCGCGCGCCAAGGAGGUGGCGGAGCGGGAGGUGUUGGAUGCCGAGAUGGACCUCUACCAGAAACAGCAGGCCGGCGUGGACACCAGUCAGCUGCAGCGGCGCGUGCUCGAGCUCAAACAGCAGCUCAGCUCGCUGUCGCGUGGACGCGGCCGGGGGCGGCCCGUCACCAUGCGCGGCAGGGGCCGGGGCCGCGGCAGCCUGAGCUACGUCCCCGGUCAGCAGCGGACCACGACGGUGGACCGGCGGCCGACCAAACUCAACAUCUCCGGCUACGAGCUCGACGAGAAGACGGCCCUGCUCGCACACCUCGCGCAAUAUGGCGAGAUCGUGGACUGUCAGAGCGACGACGCCACACCGUCAGUGGUUGUCCAGUUCCGCAGUCGACAGGAGGCCGAGGCGGCGCACAACAAGGGCCGCCAGUUCGGCGACCGGCUGCUCACCGUCAACUGGCACACGCAGCCGCCGUCCGCACCGCCCGCCGCCGCCGCCCCGGCUACAGGAGCGGCGCAGACGGGUGCCGAGGAGCCGACCGCAGCAGCAACAGCGGCAGCUGCAGCAGAAAACAAGUCUCCGCCCGGCUCUGUGGUCGAGAUGGACCUGCUCGCCGAGGACGAGGAUGUCGAGCUGGACAGUCUGGCCGCCGCGCCGGCCGACGACCUGCUCGCCGGAGACGAGGAGGAAGAGGAAGAGGAACACGAGGAGGAGCGCUCCUGGAGGCGAUAGCCGCUCAGAGGCCGGCCGGCCGGCAGUCGGCUGACCUGACCUGCCGGGACCGCCCGUCGGCUACCUCGGACCGGGCCACGGUGGCCGGCGUACCUGUGUUGUUUGCACGCCCGCUCGCGUUAAUUAUAGUUACCUUUUCGCUCUAUAUCUCUCUUUCGUUCUGUGGUCGGCGCUAUGUGUGCGGUGUGGCGCGGCGGCCGCCGGGGCCGCGCGGCCGGAUGUACGGUGUGCGGUUCAGGGCGAGCGCGGCCGGAUGCCGUGGACUCGACCCCGCGGAGAUGGGAUGGAUUGCCGAGUUGCUGUACCCUUGUUGUGUCGAUAUAAGCACAGUGCCUCCCGCCGGCGACUGCAAAGGAGAUGUGCUAUUCUCCUCGCACGCAAAAAAAGAUAAGCAGUUCGCCUGAAUAAAAAACACAAAAAAGCCAAGCUGGCAGCACAAAAAAAAAACAAUAUGGCGGGAGGCACAACAA